AUGGCUCCAGCAAAUGCGCGGAAGAGCAGCAGCUCUGCUCUCCCAGCCGGUUAUAAGGAAGACCUCUCCAAGGGACCAAUGCUUCGAUUCGAAGAGUCUCUGCCCAGACUGCCAGUCCCGACUCUAGAAGAGACUGCAGCCCGAUACCUCAAAUCCGUCCACCCACUAGUCUCGCCAUCCGAAUUCCAAUCAACAACAGAGGCGGUUAAGGAAUUCAUCAAGCCAGGUGGCGUUGGAAGCAAACUUCAAGAGAAAUUGAUAGCUCGCCGGGAGGAUCCUAAGCACCUGAACUGGCUCUACGAAUGGUGGAAUGAUGCAGCGUACCUGACGUAUCGUGAUCCAGUCGUGCCCUAUGUCAGCUAUUUCUACAGCCAUCGCGACGACCGAAGGCGGCGCGAUCCCUCCAAGCGUGCAGCUGCCAUUAGCACUGCGGUUCUGGAAUUCAAGAAACAGGUUGAUGAACGUACAUUGGAGCCAGAAUACAUGAAAAAGCUACCAAUUUCUAUGGAGAGCUAUCAAUGGAUGUUCAACUGUUGUCGAGUGCCUGCAAAACCCAAAGACUAUCCCGCCAAGUACUCUGCCGAGAGCAACAAGCAUAUUCUGGUUAUCCGCAAGAACCAGUUCUUCAAGGUCAUGCAUGAAGUCAAUGGCAAACAAUUGAACACCUCUGAGCUGGAACAGCAAUUCAAACGUGUUUAUGAAAUCGCUCAGAAAGCCCCUGCUGUGGGCAUACUCACCACCGAGAACCGUGACAUCUGGACUGAUGCCCGCGAGAUUCUCCUCAAUGCACACCCCUCGAACGCAAAAGCUCUGGAAGCUAUUGAAUCAGCAUCCUUCGUAGUCUGCUUGGAUGAUGCGGCGCCAGUCACGUUGGAAGAGCGCGCCCACCAAUACUGGCACGGUGACGGCUCCAACCGAUGGUUCGACAAGCCCCUGCAAUUCAUCGUCAACGACAACGGCACUGCCGGUUUCAUGGGUGAGCACAGCAUGAUGGACGGCACGCCAACCCACCGACUCAACGAUUAUGUCAACGAGGUAAUCUUCAACAACAAACUCGACUUCUCGGACCCCAGCGUCCGUUCCAACCUCCCCGAGCCAACACCUAUCAAAUUCCACGUCAACAAGGAAGUGCAGGCUGAGAUCGAGCGCGCAUCCAAAGACUUCACGGAAGUGAUUGGUGCUCACGAGUUGCGCGUUCAAGCCUACCAAGCAUAUGGUAAGGGCUUGAUCAAAAAGUUCAAAUGUUCACCAGAUGCAUACGUGCAGAUGAUCAUCCAACUUGCCUACUUCAAGAUGUAUGGCAAGAACCGCCCAACCUACGAAUCCGCCGCCACGAGACGUUUCCAACAGGGACGAACUGAGACUUGCCGCAGCGUCUCCGAUGAGUCGGUGGCGUUCUGCAAGGCGAUGGCGGAUCCAUCGAUUGAUUCCCAAACCACUAUUGACUUAUUCCACAAAGCCAUCAAGGCCCACGUGGAAUACAUCUCCGCCGCUUCGGACGGCAAAGGUGUCGACAGACAUCUGUUUGGGCUUAAGAAGUUGGUGGGUCCGAACGAGGAGUUGCCAGCUAUUUUCAAAGACCCCGUGUAUGCAUAUUCGAGCACGUGGUUUAUUUCAAGCUCCCAGUUGAGUAGCGAGUAUUUCAAUGGCUAUGGAUGGAGUCAGGUGGUUGACGAUGGAUGGGGAAUUGCUUAUAUGAUUAACGAGAACAGCAUCCAAUUCAAUGUUGUAUCCAAAGGUCUAGGUAGCGAGAGGAUGAGCUUCUAUCUCAACGAAGCAGCAGGGGAUAUCCGAGACCUCUUGCUCCCAACACUCGAGGCACCAAAGGCUAAGCUUUAG